GCUCCGCACACACAGAUGCAGGCAGGAUCCUGUACACUCCGUAUCUCCGCUGUGUGAUCGGGGCACCGGGGACACGUGGAUGCCGCUCCGGGACUGCUGAAGCCCCUCCUCCUCCCUUUACAUCAAACUAUGUUUACCAACGUGCAGAGCCGGCCGGGGGCCCCCCGAAGGGCCCAUCACCCCAAGAGGCUGCUGGAGACCGACGAGCCCCCCGCCAAGUGCGCCCGGCUCAGCGAGGUGCCCCCCGAUGGCGGCCUCCUACCUUCCCCGGGAUCCCCCCUCCCGCCGGCUCUGCACAGCGCUGACCCCCAGCACACCGGACCUACCUGUAUAGGGAGCUACCUACUGCUACCCACCGGGGACCGGGACAACGUGGCCAGAGCCCUCCACCUGCACACCGGACAGGAGCUACAGUGCAAGGUUUUCCCCUUGAAGGACUAUCAGAAUAAGAUCCAGCCUUACAUCCACCUCCCCUGGCAUCGAAACGUUACUGGGACUGUAGAAGUCAUCCAAGGGGAGAGCAAGGUCUACGUGUUUUUUGAAAAGGAGUUCGGUGACAUGCACUCUUACGUGCGCAGCUGCAAGAGGCUGAGCGAAGAGCAGGCCGCCAAACUCUUCAAGCAAAUCAUCACCUCCGUGUCCCACUGUCAUCAGUCUAAUAUUGUUCUGGGUGACCUGAAGCUGAGGAAGUUCGUGUUUUCUGACAAAGAAAGGACUCAACUGCGGUUGGAAAGCUUAGAAGACGCUCACAUUAUGAAAGGGAAGGAUGAUGCUUUGUCAGACAAACACGGGUGCCCGGCUUACGUCAGCCCAGAGAUCCUGAACACCACAGGGACUUAUUCUGGGAGAUCGGCUGACGUCUGGAGCUUGGGUGUCAUGCUUUUCACCCUCCUGGUCGGACGUUAUCCUUUUCACGAUUCGGACCCCAGCUCGCUUUUCUCCAAAAUCCGGCGCGGACAGUUUUGCAUCCCUGACCACGUCUCCCCCAAAGCUAGGUGCCUUAUCCGAAGCCUACUGAGACGGGAGCCCUCCGAGAGACUCACAGCAGAGGAAAUUUUAUUACAUCCCUGGUUUGAAGCUGCCUCUCACCCCGGCUUAGCCGAUCAGGAACCAAGCAACACUGACCAGCUUGUACCUGAUGUCCCACAGACUUGUGAUGACCUUGAUUCCUUCUUCUGCUAGCUCCUCUCAACCUACAGACUAUUGUCUUUUUAUAAUGACCAGAUCUGGGACUUGCAGGAAGCCUGUGAGCCCUGGCAGCUGUGGUGUGGACAAUCUCGUAUGUGAUAGCAACAUACCAUAUUGAGUUUGCCAACAAUUAUUAUAUUGCAAAAGCUUUUGCCUUGGUGGUCUAGGAUCACUCUUUGGUCCACGUAGGUGCAUUCUGUAAGACAGUGCAAAGGGCGGUUGGUUCUGGGUCACUGUACUUUGCCCAAUCAGAACUAAUUUAUGAUCUUACUGAAAUAUGAUUGCAGAGGGGCUCAUGGAAUUUGACAUCCCUUGCACUGCCUUCUCAAAUAACCCCAACGUGUUUCGUCCAGAGGGAAUGUAAUGUAUGUUUGAAGGACUCUACAACUCGCAAAAUCAUUUCACCCUUCUAAAUCUGGGCCUUCAGUUUAAACUGGACGAUUUUAGUCCUGUAUCUUAAUUCUUCUAGGAUUUAUUGGGGGACAUGGGAUCAAUCAGUAACUAUUGAAACAAUGAGCUCCCAUCAGUGACGGACAAGUCAGCAAAGGGCUCCUGUGGAGAAAUUGUUGUGCCCCCAGAACCCUUAAAGACCCCUGUGCUCGGGGUUCACAGCUGAUCUAUCUUCCACUGGCUCCCAGAAUACCAGGACCAUUACCACCUGAGCAAUUUGAGGCAAUUCAAGGCUCAACAUCAAGAUUCCCAUUCUAUUCAGUGAUGCCCAUUCCCACCUGCUUAUCUCAUGAAAAAGUACAAUGAGCCUGUUUGGGGCAGAGUUGUGUGUUUUGGCCUCUAUGGACGUCAGUGGAAGCGCCAGAAAAUCCACUUUUUCUAAUUGCUCCUCCUAAAAAUUGGCUUUCUGGUAACUACGAAAAUGUGCUCAAGCUUAAAAAUGCAUGUACAAACACAGUUAAACUCAACUCUCCUGAAACCGCUUAUGAUCGAGUAUGAAUGGGGUCAAACUGCACCACUGGGAGCCCAUAAGCAAGCAUUCAUGGCUUCACCCCCCAUAAAACCCAGGGUUUUUUUUUUUUUUUAAUUGCACCAUUGGCUGGCUAAAAAAUGUUCAACAGCUGUAGUUUCUUCAUGGCUCCAUUUUGUUAUACCCAAACCCAACACGGCCUUCGUUGGACCGAUUUUGGCUUUUCUUGUUGAUAAUAUAGCAUUAAAGGGGUUAAGCGAGAAGAGUGGGAAGGCCCAGUUAACCUCGACAGCACAAUUUUUUUUUUUUUUUUUUUUUUUUUUUUUUUUUUACAGCACUUGAGAAAAAAGAGUCGCACUUGUAUUUUUCUGUAUUACCUCGACCAUUUUAGGUCACCUUAAAUGGCACCUAAAGGGAGAGUGUUGCAUUGUGGGGUCCCCCCCCCCCCCUCCCAUUUCCUGCGCAGAAUUUAGACAUUUUGUCCCUUGCGUUGACACUGAAAUAUAGGUGGACAGCAAUGUCCCACACCACAGUCUGGAGAGACCAAUUACUCCGACGCAAGAUAAUUCCACCUUUAGUCGGGUCUUCUAAGGGCUGGACCUCAGCAAGCCUUCACUCUAUUGAAAAGCACAUAUACCUCAUUGCAUUGUUGUAUUUUAUUUUUGUUUUUGGCCCACAGAGCCUUGCAUUUCAUAUUUUCAGUAGUAAGUUAAACACUUUUUUUUUUUUUUUUCUUGAGACAGACCGUUUUUUUUUUUGUAUUGACCUUUACGAAAGCCAAAACAUUUUAUUUUGGUUAAAGUGCGAAAGGGUUAAAGCCCUUGUCAAAUUGGGGAGAUUUUCCCUCGCUUCCUUUUGUGGUUCUAGGACGGGAAGUGAAGGAAAAUCUUUCCAAAGUGAGGGAAGUCCCUGGGUGCCACCAGAACUUAUGUCCCUGGUCAACGGGGACCCAGACAUCAAUGAAAACAUGAGAUUUUCUAAUCCCUCUCCACUCUAUUCAAACCUAAACAAAAAGUUUUGCCUUUAGUUGUCAUUUUAAGUAUGCAGAAUACUGACGCGUUGCACACCCUAGUUCCAAUCAGAAGUCUUCUUUUUCUUUUUCUCUCCAGUGACAGGAGUAAAAUCUGAUCUCUGAUUGGGUCAUGGGUUAACAGCUGUUUAGGCUCUGCCGCAUUACUUUCUUAAACAAGUCCAUUAUAAGCUGGUGCUUCACAUCCCCGCCGCCGUGACGCCGUGUGCGAAUACAGACACCUACGCAUGCCAGGCUCUGUUGGCAGUGAAGCCUUUUUUUUUUUUUUUUUUUUUUCUAUUUUCAACCUUGAAAACUGAAGAUAAAAUAAAAUCCCAAUGUUAAUUAGCAAUUGUAAUGUGAAUAACUGUUGGCAAAAGCACCUGUCAAAAGAGAAAGGAAAAUCGCGAGAAGACAUAGGGGCGCCAGAGCCUUCAUUGCACUAACUGACUCGCGGUUGUUAAACUUGUAUCUGUGAUACGUUUUGUAUAUAAAUAGACUGUAAAUACCGACAGUAAGCGUUUGCUGAAAACCGUUUUCGGGGGAAUAAAAACACUAUGUUGUGUAAAUAUGUGGAAGAAAAAAGUAAAUUCUGUAAAAUUUGUACAGUAUAUUGUAAUAAAUAUUUUUCUUUUUUA